GAAGAAAGAAAGAAACCAAGCCGGCUUCUGAGUGCAAAUCUGCAGUAGCUCUGUCCCUUGGUGUCAUUGGAAAUCUAUUACUUGUCCCCAGCUGGGACGUGCACUCUGCCCAUGCCCUGGAGCAACUUUCUCUCUCUGCCUUACAGAAAAGAUGGAUCCAGAAGAUGUUGAACAGGUGGCUGCUGAAUUACAAGGCAAGAAAAUAAACGGCUGGGAUGUUUUGCAAAUUGCAGCCGGCACUGGCUUGACAGCUUAUGUCGUGUGGGCAGGAAUUCUUAUGCCCGGUUUCCGCAAGGUGCCCUUAAAACUACAGGUCCCCUACAUCCCAGCAAGUGCUAAACAAAUGGAGAACGUGAUGCAGUUACUCAAAGGACGUUCUGGGAAGAUCGUAGAUCUGGGCUCCGGGGAUGGCAGAAUUGUCCUGGAAGCUUACAAACAAGGCUUCAGGCCAGCUGUUGGCUAUGAACUCAAUCCAUGGCUGUUGCGACUUUCCAGCUAUCGUGCGUGGAAAGCUGGGUGUUACGGAAAAGUUUCUUAUUACAAGGAAGACCUUUGGAAGGUGAACUUAUCAGAUUGUCAGAAUGUAACUGUGUUCCUGGCACCUAGUGUGUUGAUGCUUCUGGAGAAAAAGCUACUUAUGGAACUUCCAGAAGAAGCCCGGGUGGUGGCUGGGCGGUUUCCUCUCCCCAACUGGACCCACACUGACACAGCUGGAGAAGGUGUCAACCAAGCCUGGGCAUACGACGUCCAGGUGGUCCGGCAACUGAAGAAGGACGAGUCACAAGGGAGCCCAGUGUGAGAACAUGCCAGUCUUCAUCUUGGACGUGACAAUUUCUCAACAACAACAAAAAACUCCCAUCUUUGCUGAGAGGUGACCCUUUCCCCAUUGGGAUGGGGUGUCUCCAUUUCUCCAUCUGGUGGCGCAGUAGUCAGAGUGCAGCUACUUCUGCUGCCUGGCAGCUGCCCGCAGUUUGGCAGU